AGGUAGUUCUGUCAAGUCAACAGCAGAAACGGUUCGAUAACCGUGCGUGACUACCUGUCCAGCCCGUAACGCUCCCAUUUCUCCACUGUGCUGUUGAGGUUGUGCUGUGGUUUCACCUUCACCUUCACCUCUCUCUCUUUCUUCAUCUCAGCCUCUGUGUGGCUGCCGUUUGGCAGAAGGCCUGUCAUGAAGAAGUGAGAGCCUCACGGCAGUAUACACGGGGCGAGCCUAGUCACCACCAGCCAGCUCUGAAAGGUGUCCGGAUAUCAGUUUUUUCGCAUUGCUUCAUUCCUUCGAGUUGUGAUUUUGUGACCCAGUGGAAAAUGUUUGCAUUCGGCUGGUUCUGCGCCCGGGGAAGAUAGAAUGUCCGAGUCGUACCCGCUGCACGAGUGCGUUUUCAAGGGCGACACCAGGAAACUGUCCCAGCUACUGCGGUCGCACGAGCCCACGGAAAAGGACAAACAUGGCAAUACACCACUGCAUCUUGCGGUUAUGCUGGGCAGGAAAGAAUGUACCUACCUUCUGCUUGCCCACGGCGCUCCGGUUAAAGUGAAGAACCAGCAGGGAUGGUCCCCGUUGGCCGAGGCCAUCUCCUACGGAGAUCGGCAAAUCAUAUGUUCCUUACUCAAGAAGCUAAAGCAGCAGGCCCGCGAGCAGAUGGACCAGCGGCGGCCCAACCUGGUGAAGGCCCUCAAGCAGAUGGGUGACUUUUACAUGGAGCUCAAGUGGGACUUCCACUCGUGGGUACCGCUGAUCUCGCGCAUCCUCCCGUCGGACGUCUGUAAGAUCCACAAGUCGGGCUGCUCGAUCCGGCUCGAUACCACGCUGGUGGACUUUUCCGACAUGCGCUGGGAACGGGGAGACAUUUCGUUCAUCUUUCGGGGUGAGAACCCACCGAAGGACUCGCUGACGGCGCUGGACAACGAGUGCCGUUGCUAUCAGCACGUGCGCCACGAGGAAACCGAGAUGGAAAUCGAGGACGAAGUGGACAUUCUGAUGUCGAGCGAUAUCCUCGCGGCGCAGAUGUCGACCAAAAGUAUUAGUUUUACGAAAGCACAAUCCGGCUGGAUCUUCCGCGAGGACAAGAAGGAAACCGUCGCCGGACAGUACGACAGUGAUCUCUACACCAUCAACGGGCUGACGCUGGAGCAGCGAAAGCGCCGGGAGCAUCUGUCCCGGGACGACCUGCAGAAGAACAAGGCCCUGAUGGAGUCGCUGACGAAGGGCGGCCAGGCCCAGGGGUACGACCAGAACGGGGAAAUCAUCCGGAGAGCGUCUCUGCAGCCACCGCCCAGUCCCAGUAUCAGCUGGGAGGAGUACAUCGGAGCCGAACCGGGACAGUAUCCCAACAUGGGACGUGAAGUAGUGUAUAAGGAAUCGAAUAAGAAUUUUAGGGCUACCGUUGCUAUGAGCAAAGAUUUUCCGCUAAGUGUGGACAUGCUGCUGAACGUCCUGGAGGUGAUCGCCCCCUUCAAGCACUUUAGCAAGCUGCGCGAGUUUGUGACGCUGAAGCUGCCCAGUGGUUUCCCGGUCAAGAUCGACAUCCCGAUCCUGCCGACCGUGUCGGCCAAGAUCACGUUUCAGAAGUUUGAGUUCCGGGACGACAUCUCGCCGGACCUGUUUGUCAUCCCGGGCGACUACAAGGAGGACAGCAUGAGAUUUCUAAUCUACUUUAUAGAUUUCCUGAUUUAUGACCUUUCGAUUUCGAACAAUUGAGCUGCGGAACGCCGGAAUCACGGAAUCCCACGUCGUCAUCGUCGUCGUCACUGGCUGUAAUUGUCACGCCCCUUGUCAAUCUGGAACCUGUAGUAUUUGCCAACGGAACGACCGUUGAUCACUCAAUUAUCAUAACCAUCAUCAUCAUCAUCGUCAUUGUCUCACCCAGAGGCAGAAAGUGUAUCGUAACCCAUAUCAUUCCCAUCUGCAACCAAUUCGUAAUCUGAGGGCCGAAAUAUCAGCAAUAAAGUCGCAUCGGAGAUCGUCAGGCCAACCUCACCUAUAAAGUUAACCCCUAAGUUUGGCUGCAAACGGAACACAGGUCAUUCAAAAUCCAAUAGAAACUUCUACUCUUCAAGUUUAGUAUUUUUGUAGGCAACUUUUUAAAGUUUGAUGAAAAAGGUAAUCACUUGAUAUCAGACAGCAAGUAACAGCAUAACUCAUGACUGAAGGUGAAUUCUGAAUGUAUAGGUUUGACGAUAGAUUUUAAUCACAUGAACAACCCAAGUCAAAGAGCAAAGAUAAUUUUUCAAACCAUUUUUUCUGCAUCCCUCAAUCAUCUGACUAUAUACAGGUAAAUUAAUCCAUUCCAUUAAAAGUAAAACCACAGUUACGAGACGCAGGAAGUUUAGAAAUGAAUUUUGAACAAAAUGUAACCAAAACAUUUUACUAUUGUAACCGAUAUGACCUAAAAGCAUAACGUAUCAGAUUGGAAUAAAAAUCGAAAGCUUUGUACUGCA